AUGACCGACAUCGAGAAGGUCGACAUCAACGAGUAUACCGGGCCCAGACAGUCUUCCGCGACACUCUCCGACACCGCGGUGGACGCACAGAGCACACAAGCCCACUCCGUCUUCUCCCCUUUCCCGGACGGUGGUCUACCGGCGUGGCUCACUGUCCUCGGCGCUUUCCUCGCCUUGUUCUGCUCCUUCGGCCAGCUCAACUCCUUCGGUACCUUCCAAGCGUUUUACGCAGACCACCAGCUCCAGCACCUGCCCGCCUCCACCAUCUCAUGGAUCGGAUCUCUGCAGCUAUGGGUCUUCUUCUUCUCCGGCGGGUUUGUUGGACGUCUAUUUGAUGCGUUCGGCCCACGGCCAAUCAUGGUCGUCGGAACUCUCAUUCUCGUCUUCGGCACAAUGAUGACCAGCCUGUCCAGCCAAUACUACCAGUUCAUCCUCGCACAAGGUAUCCUCGUUGGAGUCGGCAUUGGGGCUGUUUUCUAUCCCAGCCUGGCAGCUAUCCCCACAUACUUUCAGAAGUAUCGGAGCACCGCGCUCGGGAUCGCCCUCGCAGGCUCCGGCGUGGGUGGAGUCGUGUGGCCAAUCAUGUACCAACAGCUCUUCAUUCACGUCGGGUUCGCGUGGACCGUGCGGAUCACCGGCUUCGCCACGCUCGCGCUAUGUGGAAUCGCCCUCGCGAUGGUGUCGAGCAAUCUGUCCAAGAAACCCAAAGCCCAGCGCGAGAGCGCACCAAUAUUGGACUUGAAGAUCUUCCGCGACUUCACGUUCAUGCUCAUUGUCGUCGGGAGCAUCCUCGUAUGCCUCGGUCUCUUCAUCCCCUUCUUCUACAUCAUCGACUAUUCCACCGCCCACGGCGUCGCGCCACAGACGGCCUUCUACGUGCUCUCCGUCAUGAACGCAGGCGGGAUCCUCGGACGCCUCGUGCCGCCCGUGCUCUCCGACACCCUCGGCCGCUUCAACAUCAUAAUCCCCUGCGCCCUGUUCACGGGGCUGUCGAUGCUCCUGUUCUGGCCCUUCGCGACGAGCCUGGUGUCGAUCAUGCUGUUCGCGGCGGUGUACGGCUUCUUCAGCGGGGGGUUCAACGCGCUGGUCAUCCCCGUCGUCGCCCAGAUCUCGGACAUUCGCGAGAUCGGGACGCGCAUCGGCGUGCUGUAUUCUAUCAUCUCCGUCCCAGCGUUGUGCGGAGGCCCUGCCGCGGGCGCGAUCCUCAAGGCGAACGGGGGCAGUUUCCUCGGGAUGAUGAUCCUCGGGGGGUCGGCCGUCGUCGGCGGCUCGCUCUUCCUCCUCUGGGCGCGCACGACGCUCAGCCGCCAGCUCUCCGCGCGUAUAUAG